AAUGCGUAUUACGUAAGAUAAAGAUAACGCAUGGCUCUAUUAAUUCCACAAUCAUCAAACAGUGUUGUGGCAAGGGUAUUGGGGAACCCCAUGAGAACAACUAGAGGAGGAAGAUUCUCGACCAUGGAAAACGGCAGGGCCCAGUUUCCAUUUCCCUACCAGCCCUAUAACAUCCAGCAGGACUUCAUGCAAGCCCUGUACAGUGCACUCAACCAAGGCAAAGUUGGCAUCUUUGAAAGCCCCACUGGGACGGGCAAGUCACUGAGUCUGAUAUGUGGAGCCCUGAGCUGGCUGACGGAUUAUGAGGAGAAGAAGAGGAAGGAGACGGCCGCUCUGCUGCAGGAAGGAGAGGCAGCUCUUUCCACCUCUGCUGCUCAGUCCUCCACCAGCAGCUCCUCAGCGGAGCCAGACUGGAUCACUGACUUUGUCCAAAAGAAGGCUGAACGCGAUCUAGUGUCAAAGCUUAAGGAGGAAGAACUGAAAAGGAAGAAGAGGGAAGAACGGUUGGAAAUGAUAAGAAACAAUGUUCAGCUGAAGUAUGCAAUCAAAAGAAAGAGCUGUGAAGAGGACGAGGCGUUCAAGUUGCUCCAGCUCAGUAAAGAUGAGCAGGUGGAGGCGGCGGGAGAGCAAGAGGAUGAGGAGCUCAUCAUUGCAGAAUAUGAGAGCGACGACGAGUCAAAGAGCAAAAGCAGAUUGUACGGAGCUGAUGACGAUGAAGACGAGGAGCUGGUCGAAGAACACGUCACUAAGAUUUACUACUGCAGCCGCACUCACUCCCAGCUGGCCCAGUUUGUCCACGAGGUUCAAAAGAGCCCCUUCAGUAAGGACAUCAGCCUGGUCACACUUGGUUCACGGCAGAAUCUGUGCAUCAAUGAGGAGGUGCGGCGUUUGGGAAGCAUCCAACGCAUUAAUGACCGCUGCAUGGAGAUGCAGAAAAACAAGCACGAGAAGCAGCAUCUUGAAGAGGGCGUAAAACGUAAGCGAGGUCCAGCAAAGGGCGUGUGUCCCUACAAUAAAGCUUCAGCUCUGCAGCAGAUGAGGGAUGACGUACUCGGGGCCGUGCAUGACAUAGAGCAGCUGCUGAAGCUCGGCAGGGAAAAACACUCGUGUCCUUAUUACGCCUCACGCCUCGCUGUUCCCCCCGCACAGUUGGUGGUGCUGCCCUAUCAGAUGGUGCUUCAUGAAGCUACAAGACGGGCAGCAGGUAUCCAGCUGAAGGGACAGGUUGUGAUCAUAGACGAAGCUCACAAUCUUAGCGACACGCUCUCGUGUAUACACAGCGCAGAGCUCACUGGAGCACAGCUUUGUCGUGCCCAGUCCCAGCUCUCCCAAUAUGCCGACCGCUAUAAGAGCAGGCUGAAGGCAAAGAACCUGAUGUACAUCAAACAGAUUCUCUUUGUGAUUGAGGGGCUUGUUCGGGUGCUGGGAGGUAAAGUGGGGCAGAAUCCACAGAGCCAGACUACACAAGCAGGAACACAAAUGCUUACGAUUAACGACUUCCUCUUCAAGGCUCGGAUUGACAAUAUCAACUUGUUUAAGUUACAAAGAUACUUUGAGAAGAGCAUGAUCAGCAGGAAGCUGGGCGGCUUUGUGGAGAAGUACGCAGGCUCGGGCGUGACUCUUCACACCCAGAGCAGCUCCAACAAGGAGAACAGACGCACCGAAGGACUGAAUCGCUACCUUCAGUCCCUGCAGAGCAACCAGAGCGCUGCAUCAGUUCUCCAAGCUGACCAGCAGGGGUCCGUAGAGGCAGACAAAAUACUGUCUGCUUCUCCCAUGAUGCAGGUGGAGAGUUUCUUCAUGGCUCUCACAAACAGCAACACUGACGGCAGAGUGGUGGUGCACAGACAAGGCACGCUGUCAGAGAGCAGUGUCAAGUUCCUCCUGUUGAAUCCAGCAGUCCACUUCGCUCAGGUGUUGAAGGAGUGCAGAGCAGUCAUCAUAGCAGGAGGAACCAUGCAGCCUGUCUCUGACUUCAAACAAGAGCUGCUGUUUUCUGCCGGAGUGGGAAAAGAGCGCAUCGUGGAGUUUUCCUGUGGCCACGUAAUUCCUCCCGAGAACAUCCUUCCUCUCGUGUUAUGCAGCGGCCCGUCCGGCCAAGAGCUGGACUUCACUUUCCAAAACAGGGAUUCUCCACGCAUGAUGGACGAGACAGGUCGCAUCCUCUCCAACAUUUGCAACGUGGUCCCGGGCGGGGUCGUGUGUUUUUUCCCCUCUUACGAAUACUCAAGGCAGAUCGUUUCUCACUGGGAGGCCAGCGGCGCGCUUAGUCGGCUGGCUAAUAAGAAGAAGAUCUUCCAGGAGCCAAAGAAGGCCAGCCAGGUGGAGCAGGUGCUGAACGAGUUCUCCCGUUGUAUCCAGAAGUGCGGCCAGGACGGCGGCGGACUCACGGGAGCGUUGUUGUUCUGCGUGGUCGGAGGAAAGAUGAGUGAGGGAAUCAACUUCUCCGAUGACUUGGGCAGGUGUGUGGUGAUGGUGGGAAUGCCGUAUCCCAACAUCAAGUCGCCCGAGCUGCAGGAAAAGAUGUCAUAUCUGGACAAACACUUGUCUCACAGUCAAGGGAGGAGCCCGGGACAAGCGCUGAUAGAAAACCUCUGCAUGAAGGCUGUGAAUCAGUCUAUAGGAAGAGCGAUCCGUCACCGUGGCGACUACUCCUCCAUCGUGCUGUGUGACAGACGUUACUCUCGGCCCGCUACGCUCUCUAAACUCCCCACGUGGAUCAGAGAUCGCACGAGCUCACACGCAACCUUUGGCCCGGCCUUUGCUGCCUUACGGAAGUUCUUCCUGGAGAAGAAGCAGAAGCAAGUGUAGAGAGCUCAACUGACUGUGUGGAAAAUUGAAAUGCCACGAAGGGAAAAACUAAUGUUAGAAUAAAUUGUAAACAAAUGUUUUUCAGCCAUUUUUCACUCUAUUAUAUUUAUAUUCUUGAACUUUUUGCACCCUAGUCUGUGGUACAGCCAUCAACCAGGAAGGUGUUUAUUUUUUUAUUUUUAUUUUUUAAUAUAUACUCCCUUUUAUUUUAAAUCUCAGAUACUCUGUAUAUCUUUUUUUUUCUGCUCUGGCUUAGUAACACGUCCGAUGAAUCAGAGAAUAAUGAACCCAAGUACUUGAUGACAGACGAAGGCUGAAGGGGAAUUCAUCAGUCUGGAUGUUGUGUAAGACCGAGAAGAGGGAAGGAAAAAAAAAAGGCUUCUCAUCUAUUUUAUCAUUUAUUCAACAUGUUGAAAUGCAUCACAGAAACAGCUACUAUACAUUAUCAGGCACAGCUCUGGCAUAGGCAUUGGUGUGGCUGAAUUAAUUAAGAUUUAAAUAUUUAAAGAAGUCAAUGUAAAGUGUUACGUUAUGCAACGCUUGAUGAUCAGUUUCAUCAUCACAGAGUGUUAUGAUAUGUUGUACAAUGAUAUGCUUGUUAACGUUAUUAAAACAUUCACGAUGAAUACCAUGUUA